CCCCUGCACACCGUUUCUUCAGCUCACCGCGGUGCGUCACUCAGGCUCCAUUGGCUAGUGUGCUGUCACUCAGGCCUCACGAGCCAAUCGUGCGCUCCAGCGGACCCCCAUGGGAGGGGCUUUCCUGGAACCCGGUGUCUGGCUCAACUCCUCUGCUGCGGAAGUCGGAAGUUGUCACCUGUGCUACACUGCGGGCUCCGUGGUGGAGAGACUCCGGGUCAGCUCUGCGGCCGCACCAUGAAUGCAGUGACCUAUGAUGAUGUGCAUAUCAGCUUCACUUCCAAAGAAUGGGCUUUGCUGGAUCCUUCCCAGAAGAGUCUCUACAAAGAUGUGAUGCUGGAGAUUUAUAGUCACCUUACUGCUAUAGGCUACAAAUGGGAAGCCCAUGACAGUGAAGAACAUGGUCAACGAUUUAGAAGACAGAGAAGGCAUAAAAGAAGUCAUACUGAAGUGAAAACCUACAAAUGUAGCCAAUGUGGUAAAGCCUUUUCAUAUCAGCACCAUCUCUAUAUUCACAAAAGAACCCAUACUGGAGAGAAACCCUAUGAAUGCAAUCAAUGUGGGAAAACCUUUUCACAACGGAGUCAUCUCAACACUCAUAAAAAAACUCAUAGUGGAGUGAAACCAUUUCAGUGUAAUCAAUGUGAGAAAGCUUUUACACAUCAAGGUUAUCUUAAAAAACAUGAAAGAACUCAUACUGGAGUGAAACCCUAUGUAUGUAGCCAAUGUGGUAAAUCCUUUUCAAAACACUGUAGUCUCCAAAUACAUAAAAGGAAUCAUACAGGAGAGAAACCCUAUAAAUGUAAUCAUUGUGAGAAAGCUUUUGCAGAUUACGGUUAUUUGAAAACACAUGAAAGAAUGCAUACUGGAGAGAAACCCUACAAAUGCAAUCAAUGUGGUAAGGCCUUUUCACAACCGAGUCAUCUCACCAUUCAUAAAAGAAGCCAUACUGGAGAAAAACCCUAUGAAUGUAAGCAAUGUGGUAAAGCCUUUUCAAAUUGCAGUACUCUUAAAACACAUGAAAGAAUUCAUACUGGAGAGAAACCCUAUGAAUGUAAGCAAUGUGGAAGACUGUUUUCACACGACACUUCUUUCCGGGAACAUAAAAGGACUCAUACUGGUGAGAAACCCUAUGAAUGUACUGAAUGUGGGAAAGCCUUUAGAAAACACAAUGGUCUCCAAAUGCAUAAGAGAACUCACACACAAGAGAAACCUUAUGAAUGUAAGCAAUGUGGUAAAGCUUUUUCAAAUUGCAGUACUCUUAAAAUACAUGAAAGAAUUCAUACUGGAGAGAAACCCUAUGAAUGUAAUCAAUGUGGGAAAGUAUUUGCACACGAUGCUGGUCUCCGGAUGCAUAAAAGAACUCAUACUGAUUAGAAACCCUAUGAAUGUAAUCAAUGUGGGAAAGUAUUUACACACGAUGCUGGUCUCCGGAUACAUAAAAGAAUGCAUACUGGUGAGAAGCCCUAUGAAUGUAACCAAUGUGGAAAAGCUUUUUCAAGUUGCGGUGCCCUUAAAGCACAUGAAAGAAUUCAUACUAGAAAGAAACACUAUGAAAGUGGAAACGCCUUUUCAAAACACAGUGCUGUCCCAACGCCUAAGAGAACUCAUACAAGAAGGAACCAUAUGAAUGUAAGCAAUGUGGGAAAACCUUUCUACAACAUAGCCAGCUCCAGAUUCAUAAAAGAACUCAUACUAGGGGAAGACGUCCACGGUGCAUCUGAUGCCACUCAGUCCAGCCAGACGAAAGCCACCUACCUGUGUCUUGAAGAUGUGAGCUGACACAAAGCCAUCAUGGCUCAUCUAAUCCUACAUUGUUCAGGCAGGAUGAAGCCAUCCUCUCUCCAAGCUGGGUGCUCCGAUCGUGGCAUGGCAGGAAGACAUCUGUGGGCCCAUGUGAUUCCAGUCUGCUCAGGCAUGUCUAGUGCAAAGGCCAUGAUGUGAAGCAAGUUUUCUUGCGGAAUCCAGUGUAUUAGAGAUUCGAGAGUCGUGGUAUACCCGCUGAGGAGGGCUGCUGACUGGGAGUGGAACCAGUCCAACAGAAAGAAGUGUGUUGCCACCAACAAAGCUGAACAGAGUUGGAGAUGGUGUUCUGAUGCAGAAUUUGGAGUAUGACCACCUGUUAUUUGAUUGUUUUCUGGUCCCGUAUUCUCCCUUCCCUAAACUUUGGAAUGGUAAAGUAUGUUGUAAGCCAUUAUAUGUUGGAAGUAUGCAAUCUUCUUUUUGAUCUUGAUGUUACAGGGGAUUACAGUUAAUAGAUUACAUGAUCUCAAAAGAGAAGUUGAACUUUUGACUUCCAACAUUGAUGAGACUAUGAUAAACUAUGGGAACUUUUGAAGUUGAACUGAAUGUAUUUUCGACUGUGAUAUUGUUAAAACAUUUAUGGGGCCCAGGAACCGUGUCUGAGUCUGUGAUCCUACCAUGGCCGGCAUUUCUGAAGAUCUGUUGCGACCAGGGUCGACACAGAGGUCUAGGGUCUGGGCCAUGACCUGUGCUACCACCCACAGUAAUGGUACCCUGCAGGGUUGGGAAGCUAUCAAGGGCCAUGUCUGGGUCUGUGGCCCAGUAACACCCAGGGAAUGUUUAUAUCUAUGGCUGCUGAAGCCAGGAUGGCCAUGUGGAUUCCUGGCAUCUAUCUCUGGAGCCAUGUUGAUGUCUGAGGGUUGCACUGCCACCAGAACCAUUCUGGCCUAUAGCGCCACUGUGGAACAUGAUGACAUAAUUGACCCAGAUUGCUGCUGAGGACCAUGUCUGGAUUCAUGGUCCUAUCACAUCCUGGGCCUGUGUUGAAGUCUGUGGUCCAUUUUGCCAUCAAUGACAAGGUAGAUAUGCAGGGUCAGGUCAGCCUCCUGAAUCCAAGUGGAGGCCGGAACUACAUAUCUGAGCUGCCUGUGCUGCUGCUUGGUGUCAUGGUGAUGUCUGGGCCAAAGCUACAGCUGAGGGCCAUGUCUGUGUCCCUGGCCCUGCUGCAGCAAUAGUGUGUGUUAAUGUCUCAGCUUCCUGUUACAAUGGAAGGCCAUAUGAAUGCCCAAGAUUUUUUGACAUGUUACGGAUGAGGACCACACUGCUGUACAGAUUGUGUCAUUCUGAGUGCCCUGCACUGCCACCUGGGGCAGUAGUGACAUUGAGACCUGCCUGCUGUUGGGGACCAUAUUCUGUGCCUGUGCCCCUACCCUAGAAGGGAUCUGUGGGAAGUUCAAGGCCUGUGUUGCCAGCAAAGUCACAUGGAAGCCUGGUGUCAAGGCUGAAAUCUGUACACUGGGAGCCAUGCCGCCACCAAAGUCAUACUGUUCUGAGUGGUCUGUGCUGAUACCUGGAGCCAAGAUGCCAUUUGGGCCCAAGCUUCUGCUUUGGCAAUUUCUGGGUCUGUGGUCCUCCUGCAGCAGAGUUCUCUAUUGAUAUUUGUGUUCCAUGUCACCUCAGGAGACUAUAGGAAUCAUUUGUGUCAUGAAAUCAGGGCCGUGCUAAGCCCUCCCCACCCUUGGCUGGCCACAGGAUAGCUGCUCCUGCCUGUCACUUGACACUUUGAGAUCUGGCUGCAGCCCUCAUGGGAGAGCUACUUCUCAGCAUGGGUGAGCGUGGAUUUACCCUGAAGACUUGGGCAUCAGAGAGCCGGCUCCACCCACCCCCUACCUAAGGGAGGAAUCCCCAGUUGCCUAGAUUGAUCAACUCAGCUCCCACUGAGACCACAGGUACGCCCAGGGUUGGCACAUCCUAGCAUAUGCACAAUUUAGGAUCUGCUGGAGCUCAAGAAGGGACUGGUCCUGUAGAGCAAUACCCUCAGUGUCUCCAUAACUUGGGCAGCUGCACAAUAACCAAGAGGAGUUUCAGUGAAUCCAGUGAUGAUGUCAUACCAGAAACCAGAGGCCUUGAACAAAACCAAUGACUCAGUGGAAUGAACAUCUGCAAGUACAGCUGAUUGGAAAAAAGGGUGCACUGUGAAAUACCAUCUCCAAUGCCACCAGGAACAGUGAAAGGGUGCGGGAAACUGGGAAAGAUAGAGGAGCGAAGAGGCUAUUUUUGGUUUUUUGUUGUUGUUGUUGUUUUGUUUUGGGGUUUGUUGUUUUUGCUUGAUUGUUUUGGCUUGAUUUUUAAAAUAAUUUUCAUUUGGGGGGUACCACAGGCUAUAGUUGGACAGGAAGGUGAGUGGAAUGGGGAUUCCUAAUCAUCAAUUCCCAUAGAUUCAAUAAAAAAAAAUUAUAUUUUAAAAAAAGACUUCAUACUGGAAAGAAACUCUGUGAAUGUAAGCAAGUGAUAAAUACCUAUGUAUGCACUAUGAUCCUCCACGUCAGUAAGGAAUUUGUAUUGAGAAUGGGGAUAGUAAAGAAAUUAUAGUUAGGGGAACCCAUGACCAUGAGGGAUUUGUUAAGAUCUUUGGACAAAACACUUACAUUUUAUUAUGCAAGAUCACAAGAUUAUUUAUUGUGGAGGAAAAUGUGACAAGUGUCAACACUCUGUUCAAGCUCUAUGGGGCCCCUCUUCAUGGUCAGAGGUAUUGUGAAUGUAAACAAAUGUGUUCAUAUAGGAUUAGUAGAAACAUUAUAUCAGGGCCGGGCGUUGGUGGCGCACGCCUUUAAUCCCAGCACUCGGGAGGUAGAGGCAGGCGGAUCUCUGUGAGUUCGAGACCAGCCUGGUCUACAGAGCGAGUUCCAGGACAGCCUCCAAAGCCACAGAGAAACCCUGUCUCGAAAAACCAAAAAAAAAAAAAAAUUACAUCAGUAAAAUAUUAUCUCCUAUUCAAAUGUUCAAAUGUAAGCAUUUAGUCAUUUAAUAGAGGAAUAUGAUAAUGAAAAUGAUAUUUAUUUUGUCAUGGGAGGGAUUGUGUUAAUUUCUUCUGAGGGCAAAACACUUGUUCAUAUCAUUUUUUCAUAACCCUAAAUGAACGGGAGAGAAUUAUCUCAGUAGGUAAAGUAAUUUGAUGCUAAUCCCAAUGUACUGUGCUCAAUUUCUGGGAGACCCAGAGGACUCCUACAAGUUUUUCUGUCAUUACUACACCUAAGAUGGGCGUAUGCAAACUCACACACCAGCACAUACACAAAUAAUUUUUAAACCAAAUUAAGGUCAGUGAGACCACUUGAAACCAAACUCGACUACCUUCAUUUGAUUGCUGGAACUCGUGUUGAUUAAAUAGUAAUUAUACUUGUAAGUUGUCCUCUGAGUGUCACGUGCACACCAUUACACAAAUGAAUACACUCACUUAAAACAGUUUCAAAAGUUGAAUUCAGGAAUGCAAAGAAAAUAAUCACAAUAUUGACAACAUAUGAAAUGAUUCACCAGAUGAAAUGAAUACAUUAUAGAAUUACUGCUCAUCAACACAAUGACGGUUCCUGCUUAAAAUUUACAUUGUUUGAUUCUCUGAUUCAAAAGUAGGAAGUAUGAUCUAAUGUUUCUCUAGACUUCCUCAGUGUCUGUUAUUAUGUCCCUGUUUUCCUUUCUGAUUUUCUUAAUUUGGAUAUUGUCUCUCUAAUCGUUUGGGUAGUUUGGACAAUAGUUUGUCUGUUGUGUUGAAUUUCUUAAAGACCCAACUCUUUGUCUCAUUGA